UCCUGUAGAGUUGGGAGGAUGCCUGGAGUGCUGGGGGAGAGAGACCCCCCCGCUAUAGGGUGGGGGUCCCUGGGGAGCUGGGGACAGGAAUUGUGGAGCAGGGAAGGUCCCCUGCUGCAGACAGGGACCCCAUAGGUUUUUGGGGGGUCCUUGCAGUGCUGGGGAAUAGGGAUCCCCCCACUAUAGGGUGGGGUCUCUGGGGAGUUGGGGACAGCAACAUCAUAGGACAGGAAGGGUCCCCUGUUGCAGAUCGGGACCCCAUAGGGUGCCAACCCUGGUCCCCAUUUUGUUUUGGGGGGUCCCUGGGGUCAGAGCCUGUCCCAUAGCAUAGUGGGAGUCCCUGAAGAGCUGAGGACAGGGAUGGUGGCACAGGGAAGGUCCCCUGCUGCAGACAGGGGCCCCAUAGGUUUUUGGGGGGACCCUGAGGUGUUGGGGACAGGGACACACUCCCCUCCCAGAAUGCUGGGAACAGGGAUACCAAGGGGGGAGGGCUGUCCCCAGGUAGAUAGAGGUGCAGGGACCCCAUAGGUUUUGGGGGCUUCCUGGGGUGUUGGAGGACAGGGAGCCCUGCCAUAGGGUGGGGGUCAGCAGCUUAUGACCCUAGGGGCAGGAUGUGAGGGGUGCCCCAGGGUGAUGGAGAAGCAGCGAUCCCAUAGGGUUUUGGGGGGAUCUCUGGGGUGUUGGGGACAGGGACCCCCCCCAUUGGGUGCUGGAGACGGGGACACCAGAAGGGGAGGGCUAUCCCCAGGGUGAUGGAGAUGUAGGGACCCUACAGGGUUUUGUAGGGUCCCUGGGGUUUUGGGCACAGGAACCAUGGAGCAGGGAGGGUCCCCUGGUGCAGACAGGGACGCCAUAGGGUUUUAGGGGGGGAUCCUUGGGGUGCUGAAGGAGCAGGGACCUUGUAGGGUGGGGGUGCUGUCCCCCAUAGGGUUUGGGGUGGAGUCUCUAAGGUUCUGGGGAACAAAACCAUUUCAUAGGUGGGUGGAGGUAUGCACGGUGCUGGAGAACCAGGGACCCCAACCUGGAAGGUCCCUGGGGUGCCAGAACACCCCCAGUGUGGAAUAACCACACAAGCCUGUGUGUUUCCCAUGUGGGGUCACAUCCAGAGGAGGUUUGGUGGGAGCUGGACACAGCUGCUUCAGGCUGCAGCUGUUACCUGCUUCCUGUCCUCCCAGCUCCCUUUUCCAGCCAUCCCACUCAGCUUUUGCUUUUUUGCGCCAGAACUGCUGUGUUUGCCAUCCAUCCCUGAAAAAACUAACACUAAUAAUAGUAAUAACUAACACUACCUUACUUCCAUUCCAAAGCUCCCUUAUUUUAAAAAUGAGGUAAAAAAGGCCAAGGGAGCAGAGUUUGGUGGAGCAGGGAUAAGUCUGGAAUAACGGAUGCUGCCUUCAGUGUUUCUAAUGAACCCAUAGAACGAUAAGGAACGUUUGCAGACCCCGAGGAUCCACUGGCAACAAACUGAUACUCCAGGGCAGUGGCUAUGGCUGAGGAGAGCACGGCUGCUGACCACGAGGGGCUCCUGAGGAGAGUGCAGGAGCUGGAAGCGGAGGUGAAGCGGCUGCAGGAGAAGCUCCAGGAUGACAAGGAGGGCACUGGGAGGAGAGAGGCUGCUCUGGCCCCUGGGAAAGCCAAAAAACGCCAACAAAGGCCCUUCGAUUUCAGCGCGCACGGCCGCAGACACGUGGCACUGCGCAUCGCCUACCUGGGCUGGGGCUACCAGGGCUUUGCCAGCCAGGAGAACACCCCCAACACCAUCGAGGAGAAGCUCUUUGAAGCCUUGAAGAAGACACGGCUGGUGGACAGCAGAGAGACCUCCAACUACCACCGCUGCGGGCGCACGGACAAGGGAGUCAGUGCCUUCGGGCAGGUGAUUUCCCUGGAUCUCCGCUCCAGCCUGCCACCGGAGGGGCAGCAGCAAAACGGGCAGGCGGACGAGGGGCAGCGGGAGGAGCUGCGCUACACCCACAUCCUCAACAGGGUGCUGCCCCCUGACAUCCGGGUGCUGGCCUGGGCCCCCGUGGCGCCGGAGUUCAGCGCCCGCUUCAGCUGCCAGCGCCGCACCUACCGGUACUUCUUCCCCUGCGCCCAGCUGGACGUGGCCCUCAUGGACAGCGCUGCCCAGCGCUACGUAGGCACCCACGACUUCCGCAACCUCUGCAAGAUGGACGUGGCCAACGGGGUGCUCAACUUCCAGAGGACGAUCCUCAGCGCCCGUGUGACGUGGGUGGAGAGAGGGGGAGAAUCCAGGCCAUGGGAUCCCUUCCGGCUGUGCCAGUUCGAGGUGACGGGGCAGGCGUUCCUGUACCACCAGGUCCGCUGCAUGAUGGCCGUGCUCUUCCUCAUCGGCCAGGGCGUGGAGAGCCCAGACAUCAUCAACGAACUGCUGGAUGUGGAGAAGAACCCUCGGAAACCGCAGUACAGCAUGGCAGUCGAGUUCCCCCUGGUCCUGUACGACUGCGAGUUCCCAGACCUGCAGUGGCUCUGCGACCCGGAGGUGCAGAGCUUCAACGUGACACACCUGCAGCAGCUCUGGGCCAGCCACGCCGUCAAAACCCACGUGCUUCGGGACAUGUUGGCAGGGCUGGACACCGCUCCCACAGCCACUGGCAAAGGUCCGGGGAGCAGCCUGGUCAGCAGCUUCGUGGAGGGGGUCCAAGCCCGAACCUACAAGCCCUUGCUGUCCCGGCCCCGGUGCGAGGGGCUGGAGGCUCGGAUCGAGCACUUCGUGCGGAGGGGCCGCAUCGACCCCCCCCGGGGGCCGGGGGUGCCCGGGGAGCAGGAGCCCCCCGAGGGCAAGCGGGGCAGCAGCGCAGCCCCCGAGCAGCCGCCCAAGAGGGUCUGCGUGGACACCGAGUGACGGAGCGCCUCGGCACUUCCUUUUAUUAUUGUUAUUGGGGGAAAAAAGCGCGUUUUUUCGGUGCUGUUUUUUUAUAAAUCUCAAGAAACCUCUUGUAGCA